ACUAAAAUCGUUUUAGUACACAAACACUAAAUAAACCAAAAAUGGCAGAAAAUCUUCUUUUAUUAUACGACCGUCCUUUCGAGCCAUGUUUUCUUCCGAAAGGACUUGGAAAGAAAUCGUUUAAGGUGCCUCCACAUCUAAUGCCUGAAAGAUAUCAAGCUAUUCCAGAAUCGGUGGUCAAUGAUAUCGGGCAUGAAUAUGUAAACGAUAAAAUAAAUGUAAAAGACAUUUCCUUUCCGGAUUCGGUCCAAUUUAGAGAAAUUUUAGCGUUUCCCCGACAAUCUGGAUUCUCUCUUUUUAUUCCGAAGCACAGAGAAAUUGCCGGGAAUUUAAUCCAAAUUUUUAGAGGAAUGGUAUCCAUUGAUGAUUUGUUAGCAAUUGCCGUCUACACAAGAGAUAGAGUAAACCCCUACCUUUUUAAUUAUGCUCUUUCGGUUGCUUUAAUACAUCGUCCAGAUACGCAACAUCUCGAAUUACCAGCUUUUAUUCAAUCGUUUCCAUAUAAGUUCCUCGAUGGUAGGGCUUUGCAAAAAGCUAGCGAAGAAAUCAGCGUUGUACCAGAUGAGUACAAGAUUCCAAUUGAAGUUCCUCUCACCUACACCGCCACCGGUUUAGAAGAAGAACAACGUCUCGCUUAUUUCCGUGAAGACAUCGGUGUUAAUUCGCACCAUUGGCACUGGCACUUGGUUUACCCCCACUCAGGAAAUGAAGCGAAUAAAGAUCGAAGAGGAGAACUUUUCUUUUACAUGCAUCAACAGAUCAUUGCCAGGUACAAUUUCGAGCGUUUCUCGAAUAAUUUAAAUCGGGUUAUUCCUUGGAGCGACUGGCACACGCCGAUUAAGGAAGCUUAUUUCCCUAAAUUAGACAGUCAGGUGGCGGCUCGAGUUUGGCCCGCUCGCAUGGAAAAUCAACAAAUUAGAAACAUAAACCGCGAUAAUAUAAGUGCAACCAUCGGGGAAUUGAUUCAAUGGAAUAGUAGGAUUGCGGAUGCGAUUGAUAGUGGGGAGGUUAGAACGAAGACGGGAUUCAUGAAGUUAACGGAAGAUAGUGGAAUUGAUGUUUUAGGAAAUAUGGUCGAGGCGAGCGUGUUAUCGCCGAAUCAAGAUUAUUAUGGGGAUCUUCACAAUAUGGGGCAUGUGUUUAUUUCGUUGGCUCAUGAUCCAGAUUUUCGUUACCUUGAAGAUGCUGGAAUUAUGAGCGACACCGCAACGGCGAUGAGAGAUCCAGUUUUUUAUCGUUGGCACGGACAUAUUGAUGAGGUGUUCCAAAGAUAUAAAGCUACAUUGAAUGCUUACACAAAAGAUCAGAUGGACUUUAAAGGUAUAAAUAUAAACGCAGUUUCUGUACAAGCUACAGAUGGCGAAAAAAAUAAUUUUUACACAUUUUGGCAAAAAUCGAGCAUCCAAUUAUCGGGUGGCUUAGAUUUUCGAAAGUGGGGGUCAGUUUACGCGCGUUUCACCCAUUUACAACACCAACCCUUCACUUAUAACAUCACAGUGACCAACAACAGCGACAAAGAACGUAUGGGAACUUGCCGCAUCUUUUUAGCACCGAGACAAGAUGAACGGAAAGUUGAUUUUGUCUUUAGGGAUCAAAGAAAGAUGUUUAUCGAAUUAGAUCGAUUCACUGUCACUCUCAAACAAGGUUCGAAUACGAUUAACCGCCUAUCAUCGGAUUCCUCCGUUACAAUUCCGUUUGAUAAAACAUUCAAAAAUUAUAACGAAGCAAAUCCACCUGCGCAAUCGGCUCUUUCCGAUUAUUGCCGUUGCGGAUGGCCUAAUCACAUGUUAAUUCCGAAAGGAACCGUGGGAGGACUUCAUUGUCAACUUUUUGUUAUGAUCUCCGAUUAUGAGAUAGACAAAGUUGGGGAAACAACAUCGGGGGAGUGUAAGGAUGCAAUGAGUUACUGUGGAGUUAAGGACCAGAAGUAUCCCGAUAAACGAGCUAUGGGGUACCCCUUCGAUAGACCGUCUAAUUACCAGACUUUGCAGACAUUUCUUACAUCUAAUAUGAUUGUGCAAAAUUGCAAAAUUUUGUUUCGCGACCAAGUGGUGGAAUGACACUAAAUUUUAGUGCUUUAAUUUGAAGAAAAAUUAAUAAACAUGAUUGAUUUAUAUCGACGACUUCGGCUAUGAUUUUUGCGUUUGAAUUAUUAAUGAAUAAAAUCUGUUAAAUAUUUA